AUGCGCCUCAUCGGGGCGGCGUGCCUCGCCGCCCGGCGAUGCCAGCGGCAAGCUCGUGAACUCCUCGCCCUCGCCUCGCCGCGCAACUUCUCCGCGAUCCAUUCUCCCCGUGCGCCGCACCCGACCCACCCUGCGCCUCUCGAUGCCGCCUCUCCGUCGCUCACGCUUCGUCGCAUCCUGGCAAGCGGAGCGUCUGCGCGGCCACCCUUUUCCGCGCGCGUCGCCCCUCCGUCAUCCGCGAACAUCGCUUCCGCCGCACCACUCGCGCAGGAGGGAUCGGCGCAAGCCACGAGAGUGACAGAGGGGCAGAGGCUGGAGGGGAAGAAGGGGGAGGGGGGAAGAGUGGAAGGUGCUGCGGACGCCGCAAGAGGCGCCUCUGCUGCUGUUGGCGGGGGGGGUGAUCACGGCAGUGCGCCUUGCCCUGCAGGCCCCGCGGAGCACAGCGCCGCGUCCACCAGCAGCGCGGCAUGGCAGGGCGGGAGUCUGCCGGCGACAGCAGUGGGCGAGAAGCCGCGCGUGGUGGUGCUAGGGUCGGGGUGGGCGGCGUGCCGCUUCCUGCGCGACGUGGACACACGCGUGUGGGACGUGGUGUGCGUGUCGCCGCGCAACCACAUGGUGUUCACGCCGCUGCUGGCGUCCACAUGCGUGGGCACGCUGGAGUUCCGGUCCGUGGCGGAGCCCGUGGAGCACAUCCAGCCCGCCGUCUCGCACGCGCCCUCCUCCUUCUUCUUCCUCGCCACCUGCACCGCCGUGCUCCCAAGCAAACAUGAGGUCACGUGUGAGUACGUGGACGACGAGGGCCCCGCGUCAUCGCCGCUGGGCGGCACGUGGCGGUUCACCAUCGCGUACGACAAGCUGGUGGUGGCGGUGGGCGCGCAGGCCAGCACGUUCGGCAUCAGGGGCGUGGAGCAGCACGCGCUGUUCCUGCGCGAGGUGCGCCAUGCGCAGGCCAUCCGCCGCCGCCUGCUGCUCAACCUCAUGAAGAGCGACACGCCCGGGCUACCGGAGGAGGAGAAGCGGCGGCUGCUGUCGUGUGUGGUGGUGGGCGGGGGGCCGACGGGCGUGGAGUUCAGUGGCGAGCUCAGUGACUUCAUCCGCCGCGACGUGCGCUCCAAGUACGCGCAUGUCAAGGACUACGUGCACGUCACUCUCGUUGAGGCACAUGACAUCCUGUCGUCCUUCGAUGUCUCUCUGCGCGCCUAUGCCGUUCGCCAGCUCACCAAGAGUGGCGUGUCUCUGAAGCGCGGGCAGGUGGCGGAGGUGACGGCCAGCACUGUCGUUCUCACGGACGGCUCCGUCAUUCCCUAUGGGCUGCUCGUCUGGUCCACCGGGGUUGGCCCCUCCGACUUCGUCAAGGCGCUACCCCUCCCACAUACUGCUGGCGGCAGAAUAGCAGUGACAGAGGGGCUGAGGGUGGUGGGGGAGGCGGACGUGUUUGCGCUGGGAGACUGUGCUGGCUUCCAUGACAGCACCGGUCGCCCCACACUGCCCGCCCUCGCUCAGGUGGCGGAGAGGCAGGGGCGGUACCUGGCAGUGAGGUUCAACCGCAUGGGCAAGGCAGGUGGCGGCAAGGCGGGUGCAGGGGAGGGAGCGGGGGGCGAGGAGCAGUCAUUUGUGUACCGGCACCUGGGCAGCAUGGCCACAGUGGGGCGGUACAAGGCGCUCGUGGACCUGCAGAUCGGUCAGGGAGGCAAGCGGCACCUGUCCCUGGCGGGCUUUGCGAGCUGGUUCAUCUGGCGGUCGGCGUACCUCACACGCGUCAUCAGCUGGCGCAACCGCCUCUACGUGGCCGUCAACUGGGCCACCACUCUGCUCUUUGGCCGUGACAUCUCACGCAUUUAA